CUAAGCAUGGGAAUCUUAGCUAAGGGCAAGCCUCUCGUCAGACGGUCGUGCGCUGUAAAGCCAAGGGGAUGAAGAUGCUUCUCAUUGGCCCACGGCGGAUGCCCGCGAACUUGUUCAGCCCAAAACGGGCUCGGGAGAUUUCCAAACAGUUAUACGAGCGCCAAGGGGAGUUGUUGGCUUAAAUUUAGCGGAGAGGAUUGGCUGUAGGGCAUGCAAAAGUCCUGCUCUUGCCAGGCUCCUGGGAUGGCUGAGAUGGCUGGUGCUUUCACGACGAUGACCGCAGAUCGGUCUCGUAUGGCUUCAGGAAUCCGAGAGACGUGAAAUGCAUCAUGUUUCUGCUUCUUGCCUCUUCACUCUCCCCAGUCAUUCUCCCCCCAUCGUUUCAUCCGGAAGUGGUUGCUCCUCCUCCCCAGAAUCUCCUUGUUCAUUCGGUAUCUCGCCUUUCACGCCGGCCUCUUUCCUCUCAACUUUCUAUUCGACCAUGAACAGUUUAAAACCUCGACGAUCCUGGCUUCAACCUUUCCUCGUCUUCCUCGGCAUCUGCGCUCUCCUCUACCACAGUCUAGCAUACUUCCCUUCAGCAACGAAUUGCAUCAGUUCCUCACUCAGAUCACUUCUCCAACCACAUGCCUUGCCACCCAUCCCAUGCAGCAAUAUCGGGGAAGAGAGUCCGCGAGAGGUGCUCCUCGCCGCCACAUCCUGCCUCGACGAAUGUCGAAAGCUUCACCUUGACAGAGAGACAUACCAAUCGACAACAGACUACGAUGAGUGUAAACAGGAAUGCGUCGCACGUCACCAAGACGCCUGUGUACGCAACCAGAAAGAGACGGCAGAAAUAGGGAACUCUCUCCCAACCCAUUCUCACAACUUUCGAAUCACUGGCCGUCGCCUCCGACAAACACGAUGAUCUUGACAUCCAACACUUCAACAGAAUGUGGUUAUCAGCCCAGUCACAAGC